CUAUUGCCCGGGCAACACCAAUCCCAGGCGGACGGGAAGUGAGAGAACCGCCCGAGCCAGUUGCCCAGGCAUUUCAGAGAGCCCCGAAAAGAGCCGGAGUCCGACGGGACCGAGCUGAGCCGCGCGUCCCUGAUGCUCCUUCGUCCGUCAGUCUCAGAAGCCACUCGGGGCUGAGACGGGUACCGUGACGUCCAGAUGCGCCCAGGCCAUCCCGAGACGUUGCUCCCCGGGUCGGUCGCGUUUCUCUGCCUUUUACUGCUGCUGCCUGGGGCAGCUGAGAAGGAUGGGGGGGAAACCUGUUGGGACCGUGCCAGGGACCCCACGGUCAAAAAGGUGGGGGAUGCCCUGAAGGAACAAAUGAAGGCUGUGGCUGCUCUCUGCCAAAAGUACUGGACUUACUUCUCCUGCCAACUGUGGCCCCAGGCCUGUGGGAAGGAAAAGAAAACUGCCUUGGCGUCGCUCGAUUGGACUCUUCCCCUUUGGGGCCAGAAAUACCUGGAUAUUCUUUCCACAUGGUACUGUAGUGUCAAGGAGUGUUGUGGCAGAGAUGACUGCAGGAUAACUAAUAACAUCACAGGCCUAGAGACAGAUCUCAGCAUCCGGUUACACGGUCAGCAUUUGGCCCAAGAAGUCAUUCUGAAAUCAGUAAGGGGCUUCCUCUCAGCGCCCCAGCCCGAAAAACCUCUCGUCCUCUCAUUCCACGGCUGGACGGGCACAGGCAAGAACUUUGUGACGCGGAUCCUGGCAGACCACCUGUACCGAGGAGGGCUGGAGAGCGAGUGUGUUCAGGUGUUCAUCUCCACGCUCCACUUUCCUCAUCUGAGAUAUGUGGACACCUACCGGGAAAAGCUGAUGAGACAGGUGAGAGACACAGUGAAGAACUGUGGCCAAGCCCUGUUUGUCUUUGAUGAAGCUGAGAAACUACCCCCAAGUCUGCUGGAAACUCUGAAACCACUCCUCAAGCAACAUGACACCAUCGGAGACAUGGAUUACCAGAGAGCCAUCUUCCUUUUCCUCAGUAACCUCGGUGGCAACACAAUCAAUGAGGUGGUUCUGAACUGGUUUAAGGCAGGAUGGCCCAGGGAAGAGAUCGCCAUGGAGGACUUGGAGCCCCAUCUCAAGGCUGAGAUGCUGAAUUCAAUGGAUAGCAACUUUGGCCACAGCCAACUUGCGAAGGAAAACCUGAUUGACUUCUUCGUCCCCUUCUUGCCACUGGAGUACCAUCACAUCAGACUGUGUGCUCGAGAUGCCUUCUUGGGCCAGGACCUGGAGUACACCGAGGAGACAUUGGACAAAGUUGCCAACAUGAUGGUGUAUGUGCCCAAGGACGAGAAACUCUUCUCUGCUCAGGGCUGUAAGUCCAUUGCACAGAGAAUCAACCUCUUCCUGCCUUGAUGGCUGUCUUAGAAGACUGCUCAAGGAGACAGUCUCUUCUUUACCUUGCCUGACCAAAGGAGCUUCCUGGGAACAUCACUUGACACCCUGACUCUUGCAGGAAUGCCAAUGGUGGAAUCCUUUUAGCUUGGGGCUUUGUAGGGCAGAAAUGAAAGCCUGAGCUCUAGCCAUCAUGUGCCUUUUGGGUGUCUGAAGAGGAAGAGCUACUUUUGUCAGUCUUUUGUUUUGGUGCCUUUUAGGGGAGCUUUCCAUGGGGUGAACAGGAGCUGCUGGACAGUGAGAGGAGAUGGUUUGUACACAAGGAUAAUGUAGAAGUCAGGGAUUAAGAACUCCUCUGCUUCCAAGCUAUGUCCUUGGAAUAUCCCAGGUAUAACCAGUGGGAAUUCAGGAAAAGAAAGUGAGCCAGAGUCUCAGCCAGUGGCGGGAAGGUCUAACCUCCAGGGAAACAUCACAGCAUUUCUGUUGCUUUGUACUGUUAAGGGAAAAUUAACUUUUUUAAACAAUUGGGGGAGGGGAGAGAAUUUACAAUGUUAGUUGUGUAAAGAUUAAAAUUUUAUAUUUUCCUAAAAUAUUCCAUGUGAUUUUUUACAAAGCUGACAUUCAAGACCAUGCUAAAGAAGGGAGACCAGUCAGCACAUGCUGACAGUCCAAUUCAAAGAUAAACAUAAUGGUUUGGGGAGGAGAAAGCAUGAUUCACACACACAAAAAAAAAAAAAAAAAAAAAAAAAAGAGUCUGUUAGGGAUAAGAACUAGAUCAGCCACAUUUUUUGAACAUGUGAACUUAAAGAUCAGAAUUCUUCAGUGGAACUAAGAACCUAAUAUAGCAUGAAAAGGCUAUACCCAAGUCUAGUUCUGCCCCAAAGUUAACAGCGAGACUCUUUCCUUGGCUCCCUGGAGCUACUACUGGGACUCCACUCCUAUUCUCAGAAACUGCCACCAGCUUUAGUCUGU